AUGGAUGAGUCGUGGCGCAUGCGCAUGGGAUUAAUGCCGACCCUCCCGCGGCGGCGCUCUGCCGAGCACGCCUCCACGCGUUCGGUGUUUGCUGCCGCGGAUGACUGCCAGACGCUCGAUCCGGACUAUUUUGCUGACGUUUUUGGGGGACCGCCGCGUAGCGUCCUCCCGCGCGAAUUCUCCGGCCGCACAACUUCCUUCUACGAGGAGAUUUUCCGGCCGCCGGAGUUUGGUUUACCGGUGGAUAAGAGUGGCCGGAGCUUGCCGGCUUUCAGGAUUCCAGGGAGGAGCGAGGGGUUCUAUAGCGAUAUCUUUGGAUCGGACGACGACGGUGGCCAGCGGAGGUCGAGAGAGCGAUCGAGGCCGAACUCGAAGGCGAAAUCCAACUCGUCGUCGGUGCUGAGCUCGGAGGAGCUCAGCCCUCUCCGGCCGAUCAUCGGAGAUGACGUGGCAUUGUCCUCCUUCGCUUCAAAGCUCAGAUGGAACUCAUCGACUAUGCUGCCUACCAAACAAGAAAAUUCGAAGAAACAAGGCACAGCAGCUCUGCAUUGCAAUCGCAUGUCUUUCACUGAAAACCAAGUUAUGGAAAAUGCACAUGAUGAAGGUUUUAGAAGCUCCUAUUUUGGAUUUACAAAAAAGGUCUUGUCCCCAGAAACCAUUAGUCUCGAACCCAAUUCAUAUCGAAGCGUCAAGCUAUCUGUGGAUGAUCUAGAGCUCAAUUCCCCAUCCUCGGCAGUCUCUUCACUCUGUCAAGAACAUGAGGUCAAAUUUGGGAUUCGGGAUCGUGUUUUUGAUUAUGAAAAAGAAGUAAUGCGAGCAGUAGAACGAGAAGAAGACGAUGAAGCGAUGAGCUCUUAUGUGAUUGAGAUCAAUUCUGAGCAUAGGGAGGGUACAUGUGAAGCAGGUGGUAUUGAAGAAGCAAUUGCUUGGGCCAAAGAGAAGUUUCAAACACAGAGUAAUUCUGAGAAAGAAGGGAGCUUGACCCAACAGGAGAAUGAGCAGUCUGUUGGAAUGGAUCAAGAAGGUAGGCAUAAUAAUGUGGAUGAAUUCUCAGAUAAUCAGCAGAGAGAUGAACUUCAUGAAAUGACUCAAUCUCCAGAGGAAGAAGAAGAAGAAGAAGAAGAAGAAGAAAGAACAUGGGUUGCUGAAGAUGAAAACCAACAUUCAGAAAAAGAGAUUGAAAUGGAGCUUUUGGAUGAAGACAUAAGGCUAUGGUCAGCUGGCAGAGAAUCCAACAUUCGUUUGCUGCUUUCAACACUACACCAUAUUCUAUGGGCUGAUAGUGGAUGGUAUGCAAUUCCUUUGACGAGCCUAAUAGAAAGUUCACAGGUCAAGAAAGCCUACCAGAAAGCAAGGCUCUGUCUCCACCCAGACAAACUGCAACAAAGAGGAGCAACACUUUCUCAAAAGCACCUUGCUGAAAAGGCCUUCUCCAUCCUCCAGGAUGCAUGGGCUCUGUUCAUCUCCCAAGAUGUGUUCAUUAUUUAG